AUGCCGGAAACCAGGGGCACUCUAUGGAAAACUGCCUGGCCUUCAAAAGGAGAGUUCAAGGACUUAUCGAUACGGGUAUUCUGCGAUUUGAUGGCACUGGCGAAAAUCUGGGAGGUGCUAGUUGAAAAGGGUUCGCUUUGUCAUCUUAACAGAGUAUUCGAGGGAAGGAAUACCAAAGAUCCAAGUUUUUGCGAAUUCCAUAGUAUUGAGGGGCACGAUAUUCAAUCCUGUGAAGAGUUCAGGAGAUUACUGCAAAAUAUGAUGGACAAUAAGGAGAUUGGGAUUUUUUAUAAAGGCGAAGAGGCCAAUGAGAAAGAAAAUGAAUUGCAAGAGUUGAGAGAUAUAUGGGCUCGUUGGGAUGAAGGAACCAAACAGUUGUUCUAUCAGAGCUAUGGUGACAUAUCUUACUUGCUAGAUAUUAAGGUGGACAAGCACCUGUUCCGAGUUAUGGUUCAGUUUUGGAAUUCUGCUUACAAGUGUUUCACUUUUGGGGAAGUGGAUUUAGUACCUACCGUGGAGGAGUAUACUGUUCUGCUCAGGUGUCCAAAAGUUCAAGUUAGAAAGACUUUUACCAGGGUUUUUAAUGGUCAGACUUUCGCGAAGAAAUUGAUGAACAUUUCAGGGAUGAGUGAGCCUUGGGUCACUACUCGGAUUCAACAAAAAGGAGAUAGUAAAUGUAUCCUUUGGGAGAAUUUGCGAGAUUUGGUUCUAACACAUCCGGAUGAAAGAAAGAGGGUCGAUAUCUUCGUCUUAAUCAUCUGCGGAUUGGUAAUUUUUCCUAAGGCUUUAAGGCACGUGGAUGAGGCAAUCACUGACUUAUUCGAUCGUCUUGAGAAGGGAAUCACACCUGUAUUGGCAAUAUUGGUCGAGACGUUCAGAUCCUUGAGCACGUGUCUGAAGAUAGGAGAGGGGUGGUUUAUUGGAUGUGCACAACUAUUGAUGGUGUGGUUUCAUGGGCCCUUUUGGAAGGUAGACAAGGUUUCUUAUAAGGUCUUUUCUGAAGGUUAUUCCCCAUUAAAAGAGGAGGUAGCCAUACAAAGGAGAGAGGAUAUCUCAGAAGAGAUGUGGAUGGAAAUCCUCUAA